GCCAUGGGCACUCAGCCCCAAAAGAUCGGCCGCCAACGGCAACAAAACCCACCGACCAAAACAAGCGGAACCAGUACAACACCCAGCCAUUGCUAGUUUCCGUCUUCCAGUCCAUCUAUUCCAUACAAUAAUACAGUAACUAUACAUCACAAUGGGCAACUCGGAGAGCAGCCCUGCUGCGAAUGAAGGCGGCGCUUCGAUUGACGAUUUCGACGGCAUUGAAACCCUGGGCUAUCGCGUCUUGGGCGUGCAACCGAAUUCUCCGGCAUCGGCGGCCGGUCUGGUGAGUUUCUUUGACUUUUUGAUUGGUGCCAACAACGAAAUGUUGUUGGGAUCGGGCGAAAACUUGCAAGAAGGCGACGAAUACGAAGAUGUCGAUUUUCCCGCCUUAUUGGAACAAUUCAAGGGACGACCGUUGCAACUGCUCGUGUGGAAUAUCAAGUGUCAACAACAACGCCUCGUGGACAUUGUGCCGUCGGACGACUGGGAAGGAGCCGGAUUGUUGGGUGUCACCAUUCGUCUCGACAAUUAUGCCGGAGCUGAAGACCGAUUGAUUCGAAUUUUGUCCGUCGAAGUCAAUUCUCCGGCGGCCAUUGCUGGAUUGGUCGCCGCGCAAGAUUACUUGUUGGGGACGACCACACAUUCCUUUGAUUCCACCAAAGUACUGGCAGCCGUACUAGAAUCCAAUGUUGACAAGGUCGUCGAGUUGUACGUGUACAAUACCAACAGUGACAAGGUACGAGUCGUGGCGCUCAUGCCCACGUGGAGUUGGGGUGGAAAUGGAUUGCUAGGAGCCGAAGUAGGAACGGGAUAUCUCCAUCGAUUGCCAGGAUCUUGUCGCUCUACAUUAGGUGGAUCCGUGGAACGACGUGUCCGAUGGAUUGGAGGCGCCAAAACGGGACCUACAUCUCCGGCAGCAGCAGCAGCAGCCACCAGUAAUAGUAGUGGCCCUGCCACACCGACAACCACCAAUCCAUUGCAACAAGCUGCCACACUCGAAUUGGAACCACAGCUCGAAAUGGAACCCAACGACGACGAAGGGGAAGAAGAAGAAGAGACACCAACACAAAUUGAUGAUACCACAUCGUCCAUGGGAACCGUCUCCUUGGCAUCUGCCACUAUGCCUCAGGAACAAUUACAUGUACCACAACAGCAACCACCAGCAGCAGAUGUACCCAAUGAACCAAUGCCCGUCACACCCGUCAAACCAGCAUCGGCACCCACACUCACAGCAACAACAACAACAACCAUCACACCCACCACUAUUCCAGCAACCACGCCCGAUAAACCUGCCAUUUCCGUAUUUGAUCCAACCGCCACGAAACCACCCAUUACACCCAUCAUGACACCCUCGGCUUUCUCCAAUCAAUCACCACCACCUUCGGCAGGAGCACCCGCUCCCUAUCCACUGUCGCCUUCCGCUAUGGGUAUUGGAGCCGAUCCCGCCGCACAACCCAUUACCGUAACCACCUUUAUCCCGGCUGCCAAACCACCUCCCGAUACCAAACCUGUGUCUGCCGAAGAUCUCUUUUCGGGACCACCUCCCGUCGCUAAAAUACCCACGCGACAAUCCGUGACGGUAGCCACGUCGGUAGGAAGUGUCGGAAGUCCCACAAGUUCCAAUGCCAACAACAACGGCAAACCCACCACUCCUUCCAACAAUAAUGGAGGGACCAAUGGAUCCUACUUUUCGACACCGCAUCCGCCCAAUGAUGUUCGUGGUGGUGCCAAUAAUGGUCAUGCUACCAGCAGUAAUACACCACCGCCGCCACCCGUACCCGCCAACAGCAAUGCGUAUGGAGUCAUCAAUGAUAUUCUGCCACCACCACCCAAAAUGUCAGGGGCGCAAUAAUAGUACGUACAAGUAGAUGCACACACACACACACACAAGUUUAAAACACAAAUACCGUACGCACACACACACAAGACACUGUUCUUUUUAAAAAGGUCAUCCAGUUGCUAGCUUUCUAGUUUCGUCUGUUUCGUAAUAACACUGUGUGACCGUCUCACCUGCCGCCAUGGUCCAAACCCUCUUGCUCUCCUGAUACCGUACCGGUACCGUACUGUCUCAUGCGUUUGGAAUCGCCGUUUACCGGACAUGACGCGGAAACUGUUGACGGAGCGAGGACGAUGUAAAGAAAGGAAUGCGGCGGUACCACGGUAAAGCUAGAUUUGUCUCGGUCUUGGUAUACAUCGGCUCUGCGUCCCGUGCAAACUUCGGGCUGGAUACUCUUGCAGAUCCUCCCAGUGCUACCGUACCAUCAUGGUGGAUCCUUCGACUUUACUGUCCGUGCCAAGGCGGCCUCAUGAAUCUUUCAAAUCCCCAUUGCACUGCCCCGUUCUAGCCAGUCUGCCCCGCAUCGGAUUGAAUCGAAUGUUGAAUCGGAUCGAAUCAUAAAGCACGUCCGCCAAUCACAGUUCCACCGACAACAGUCUUCGGCCUCCACGAACUCCUCAUGAGCUACAGGGCCAUCAAUAGCGUAAUGCAUCUUAUUAGCUGGGGGUAACAUAAGCUCGACAAGAUAUUGGUAAACAACCCAGCCUAUCAAACUUCCAGGAGGCACUGGCUGGCAUCUUGAUACGGUACUAGGCACCACUCCUCCGCGUGCUGCUAGCUAGCUACCAAGAAGCUACCAGUAGUUUUUGAAAGCUAUUUUCUAGAGGAGUGUAUUAAAACUAAGUUCGCACAGCACACAUUCAUUGACUUUCUCUUUGUCAGGCCAGGCCGGAAGCGGCCUGACUCUGUACUCUUCUCCCAAAUUUUCAUUGGUUCACGGACUCUCCUCAUUUUGGGAUGCCCCAAGAGGCUUGCACUAGCUAGUGUAUGUGCUUCCUACAUACCGGUGCCAACUAGCUAGCUAGUACUGUACUUUCAUUUAGGCCCAGCAUUGUACUAAAACACUAAAACCUCCUUGUUACACCUACCAGGUACUAGCUAGUAUCUGACUGCGUGGAUUGUGGAUUGAGCAAGGGGCAAUGGAUGGAACAAAAAGUGGGUGUCUGCAAACGGCGACGAAGGGAACUAGGGACUCUAGCUAGAGGGACUAUUAAUAGUAGAACCACCAUGAUGAAAGGUGACCAACAAUUGCGAAGGGAACCACACACACAAAAUUCAGAAUCGAAUCAUGUGGUCUUGUUAAGUACUGUACCACAGAUAAUACGAUGUACCUACUCCUUGAAAGUCACGAGUCACGAGUACCCAUCUCUUGUGCCCUGUUAUUUCACGUGCCAUCACAAUUGAUAAUUAAUCCACCUGGUAAAUUUCACCAGGUAUACUUACGAAACGUACCGGUACCGGUCGUUGCUUCCCCUUCUCCAGCAAUUGUGCUUAGUAGU